GCGUCCCCGCCGGGCCCGCGCGCCUCGUGCCUCGCGCCUAGAGCCUCGCGCCUCGCGCCACGUCCCCGCCCCGGCCCCGGCGCGCCGCGGAGUUGGCUGCCCGGCUGGCGGACCUGGGUGUGGUCGGCAGCGCUGAGAUCGGCGGUGCGCUGCGCUCUGCACGCCGGCUCCUUGCUCGAGGGGCGGCUGAACGCCGGGAGGACCCACGCAGCCUCAGGUGACGCGGAUCCGAGCUCCCUCCAGGCAGAGUGACAGAGAUCGAUCGCUCAAUCGAUCUUCCAUCCACUGGUCCAUUUCCCAGCUGGACCAGGCUGAAUUUACGAGUCUGGAACUCCAUCUACAUCUUGUAUGCAGAAAAGGAACCUGGCCUCUGGCGUCAGCAGGGAGGAGGUAACAGCUGCCUUAGUGCCUCUCCAGAAGUUCAGCAGAGAAAGCAGUAGCUGCACUGCCAGGAAGCUGGGGGUUGGGGCCAUGAAAGGAAUUCUUGCUGUUUUACUUGUUAGUGGUGAAGUAACAGAUUCAAGGAUGAGUGAACUGGAACAGUUGAGGCAGGAAGCAGAACAGCUGCGGAAUCAGAUCCAGGAUGCUAGGAAAGCAUGUAAUGAUGCAACACUUGUUCAGAUCACAUCAAACAUGGACUCCGUGGGCCGAGUACAAAUGCGAACAAGACGUACACUGAGGGGCCACCUCGCUAAGAUCUAUGCAAUGCAUUGGGGAUAUGACUCAAGGCUACUAGUCAGUGCUUCCCAAGAUGGAAAAUUAAUUAUUUGGGAUAGCUAUACAACAAAUAAGAUGCACGCCAUUCCUUUGAGGUCCUCCUGGGUGAUGACAUGUGCCUACGCUCCCUCUGGUAAUUAUGUGGCUUGUGGAGGCUUGGACAACAUCUGCUCUAUAUAUAACUUGAAAACCAGAGAGGGAAACGUGAGAGUGAGCCGAGAAUUGCCGGGCCACACAGGCUACUUGUCCUGCUGUCGUUUUUUAGAUGACAGCCAAAUUGUUACAAGUUCAGGAGAUACAACUUGUGCAUUGUGGGACAUUGAAACUGGCCAGCAGACCACCACAUUCACUGGGCACUCUGGAGACGUGAUGAGCCUUUCCCUGAGUCCUGACAUGAGGACUUUUGUGUCUGGUGCUUGCGAUGCCUCUUCCAAAUUAUGGGAUAUUCGAGAUGGGAUGUGUAGGCAGUCUUUCACAGGACACGUUUCAGAUAUUAAUGCUGUCAGCUUUUUCCCAAAUGGAUAUGCCUUUGCCACCGGCUCUGAUGAUGCCACCUGUCGGCUGUUUGACCUCCGUGCAGAUCAAGAGUUAUUAUUGUAUUCUCAUGACAAUAUCAUCUGUGGAAUCACUUCUGUGGCUUUCUCAAAAAGUGGGCGACUCCUCUUAGCGGGUUAUGAUGACUUUAAUUGCAAUGUAUGGGACACACUAAAAGGAGACCGUGCAGGUGUGCUUGCUGGUCAUGACAACCGUGUCAGCUGUUUAGGUGUAACCGACGAUGGCAUGGCUGUGGCAACAGGCUCUUGGGACAGUUUUCUUAGAAUCUGGAAUUAAUAGUGUGGUCUUACCUAUUUUGUGUUCUCCACUGAUAUCUGGAGAAUUGAGUGCUACAGCCUAUAGCUGUGAAAAAAGAAAAUCCUACCUUAUAUUUGCAGGUAAAGAUUUUUCUAUUGAGACUAUUACACACAAAAAGCUUUCAGUAAAGUACAAAAACAGUGUGGGGGAUGGGAGGCAAAGAUAUCUGCUAAGAUCAAAAGGACCAGUGUGUUAAUUUGAGUUAAUUUAACCUUCUGGAAUCUUUGCUUGUAAUGAGUGUUUUGUGUAGAACAGAAUGUAUACAUUUUUGCAGCUUGUCAUUGUGUUUUCAUUUCUCAAGAACUACAUUUCUAACUUUGUAUAUACAAGAUGUCACGGUAGUAGAUGGAAUGUUCUGUAUGUGUGUACCUAAGUUUGAAGACCGUCUGCCUGAAUUGUGACAUUCCUUUAGAAAGAGAUCCUGGUUGUUGAAUGUUUGAGUGUCCACAGGCCAGGAACCUCUGCAGAGUACUGAGUUUCCUGCACUUCCCUUGCAUACUCCAUCUAAAGUAGUGCUCAUUUUCAGUCCCAUGAGGGGACAGAUAAUCCGAAGGCCAGAGAAUUAAGAUUUCACUCUGAUAUUUUAGACACACAUAAGAAAUUUCACUAGAAUGUACUAUGUGAAUAAAUAGUUAAUAGUAGAUAAGUAAUUCUUGUUUAGAAGGCUAGUUAUGAUCAGUUGUCAGUUUGAGCAGCCCUCUACAUAGCAGGAUUCCCUACUGAUUUCAUAUUCCAGAACUAAGCGUGUACAGCAUACUUGUAUUUCAGAAGUUUAAUAAAUAUUUGGAUUUUCCUUGCAUCUGAAGAAUCUUUCCUAAUGUUCUCUACCAAUACACAUCUAGAUAGGAAAUAGAGUGUGACAGUGUUACAUUUUUCAAAGAAGAGUAAAAACUCUAACCAAUUGCUGGUACGGAUUUCUUUUAAUUGUUAGUAAGGUGGGUUUCUGAAUUUUAUGUUUAUGUACUAUAAGAGCUGAAUUGAUUUAAAAGUAUGUUUUCAAGUUUCUUAAAGUGAAACAUUUAUGCUUUUUACUCUUCUUUAUUAAUUAUUAGCACAAAAUACCAGUUUCUAAGUGGUUCUGCUUCAAACUAUGCCUAGAUCUGAAUGUACCCAUAUUUCUUGUCAGUGGUAUAAUGUCAAUUAUUAGAAUGACUCUUGUCCCCUAAUUUAAACAAGGAUACUUGUCUUGGAUGUUCUUUUACAAAUAAAUCUGAAGAAUAAUAUAAGACUGUUAGCCUUGCUUGACGAUAAAGUCAUAGGUUAUUCUGAUAUCAAGAAAUGCAUUGCAUUUUGUAACUUAAUGAACUGUGUAAGUUAUGUUCAGAUAGGUCUGCUAACUUCUGAUCACCAUAACCCUAACCUAAACACUCCCAAACUUUAUCUGUUUUCAUCUUUAUAUUGUGAGUGUGGUAAUACUUAGACUGACUUCAAUACAGUUGAUCAAAGUUUUAUUAAGGUCAAGUUGAUACGGGAGUAAAAUGGAUAAAGGCAAAUGAAGAUAUAAGUCAAAACAGAACACUGUAAAUGGCAGGUGUGAAUGUAUAUUUAUAUUGUGGUUAAGAUAUCUAUGAAUUUUGCAAUUAAUGCUUAUUUCUGGACUCGAUAUCACUUCAUAAAAAGCAGUACUUUGAGAUAAGGCAAGAAUAUUGUAAAGAAACAUACUCAUUUCUGUAAAGGAAGCAGUGGUAGUCAAAGCCUGCUGUGUAUUUCAGCGAUUAAUUUCAAAAUCCUGUUGAAAAACACUUCUGUUAUGUGUAAAAACAAGUUGAUAUGAGUACCUCUUCUAUUUAAAAGUUACUGUAGUAACAAGAUAGUCAAAGAGGCAUGCAGAAAAUAGUAAUUUUAUGAUCUUAAUAUAUUUUGAAAUGACAUGUAGAGAGGAACUUAAAGCAAUUCCUAUAAUUAUGUAGUAGACUGCUAUAAAGUAGCAGCUGUGGAACACUUGUGGAUCAUUAUACACAUGAGCAAACAGUGAAAAAGUACCUCAUCACUACAUUAAUGACUUUACUAGUCUAACCUUUGCUUUCUAGUGCUAGAAGUACCAGUUGCUAAAUGUAUUUGUGUGCAGUUGAAGUUCAGCUAAUUGAUUAUUCUUUACCUUACAAGAAAAAAUAUAUCAUGCCUCAGUAAAAUGAUUUGUAGACUCUAUACCACAUCAGAGUAGUGUCUUGAGAUCUGACAGAGUAUUAUAAAGGCAUACAUUCUGUUCUAAAACAAAGUGGUCCCCUUGCAGUCCUGUAAAUCAUCACAGAAAUCUGAUCAAGAAAGAAAUUCUUGCUACCAGCAAGGAUAAUUCCUCCACUUGGACAGACAGGCCUCGUUUCUGGCAACAUUAUGCAGGGCACACCCUUAGCUCAAAUUUAUUAUGAUUACACACAUCAUCUUCAUAAAAAAAAUACUAGGCCCAAGUCUUUGCUUUUAAGAUUUAUGUAUUUAUUUGAAAGAGUUAGAGAGGCAGAGAGAGUCUUCCAUCUGCUGGUUCACUCCCCAAAUGGCCACAGUAACCGUACCUGGGCCGAUCGAAGCCAGGAGCUAGAAGCUUCUUCCGGGUCUCCCACAGGUGCAGGGGCUCAAGGACUUGGGCCAUCUUCCACUGCUUUCCCAGGCCAUAGCAGAGAGCUGGGUUGGAAGUGGAACAGCCAGGUCUCGAACCUAUGCCCAUCUGGGAUGCUGGCGCUUCAGGCAAUGGCUUUACCUGCUAUAACACAGCACCGGCCCUGGGCCUAGUAUUUCAACAGCAAGAGGGCUAGUAGGUAAUUCUCAUUUCAGAUUAGACAGAUGAACUGAUCAGUAUUGCAUGAGGAUAGUAAACUAGAUUUCUUGAAAUACUGGAUGUCAGUACUUUGGGAGUAUGUUAAGAACUUUAAAGUUAACCCACCUAUUAAGAAAAAUGGAUCCUGACUUCUCCAGUGACAAAACAGUUUUCAUAUUUGCUGAAGACUGCGUUCCAAUAUUCUACAACAAUUCUGAUUUCAGUUGAGACUUCAGAGAAAUUGAUGCCAUGAUGUGAAUGUCUUGGAUUUUAAACUAUAACACAGUUGAAUAGUUGUGGCUUGUUUAUGUGUGUAACUUGUUUAAACAACCCCCUUUAGAAAAGUGAAGAUGUUCUUUUAGGAUCUUAAGUGUCUAUCAGGACUUUUAAAAAUCCUUUAGUUAAGUACUCUGUUCAGCUUCCCCUUUCGCUUUCGUCAUAGUAAAGAGCAAAAAUUUUAAACUAUUUCUUACCUCCUGCUGUAAUUUUUUUUUUUUUUUUUUUUUUUUUUUUUUUUUUUUUUUUUUUUUUUUGGUGACAGGCAGAGUUAGAGAGACAGAGAGAAAGGUCUCCUUUCCGUUGGUUCACCCCCCAAAUGGCUACUAUGGCCGGUGUGCUGUGCCCAUCUGAAGCCAGGAGCCAGGUGCUUCCUCCUGGUCUCCCAUGCGGGUGCAGGGCCCAAGCACUUGGGCCAUCCUCCACUGCACUCCCGGGCGACAGCAGAGAGCUGGAAGGGAAGAGGAGCAACCAGGACAGAACCAGCGCCCCAACCAGGACUAGAACCCGGGGUGCUGGCACCGCAGGCGGAGGAUUAGCCUAGUGAGCCGCGGCGCCAGCCAUCCUGCUGGAAUUUUUAAGAGCCAGCCACAGGUUAGACCAUCUUAUGAGAAAAAGUAGCAGAAUGAAAAAAUCGGCAUUUAAAAACUACUGGUUACAAUAAUAGGUACUCAUUAAAAUGAGUUAUAGAAUGGCUAAGCUAGCAUUCUGUUCAUUUUUUUAUGAUUUUUUUUUUUUUGACAGGCAGAGUUAGAGACAGGUCUUCCUUUUUCCAUUGGUUCACCCCCUAAGUGGCCGCUACUGCCGGCAUGCUGUGGCCGGCGCACUGUGCCGACCCGAAGCCAGGAGCCAGGUGCUUCCUCCUGGUCUCCCAUGCGGGUGCAGGGCCCAAGGACUUGGGCCAUCCUCCACUGCCCUCUCCGGCCACAGCAGAGAGUUGGACUGGAAGAGGAGCAACCGGGACAGAACCAGCACCCCAACCGGGUCUAGAACCCGGGUGGCUGGCGCCGCAGGCGGAGGCUUAGCCUAGUGAGCCGCGGCGCUGGCCAGCAUUCUGUUUUAAAAAGUAAAUUAUUAGUCAGAUUGAUAGUACAUAUUGUAUCUAGCAAAUGUUUGCAUGUCAGAUUUCCUAAAAGUCAGUUUUCUUAAAUCCAAUCACUGAUUUUAUAAAAUAGUUAUGAUAAUGCAGCUUAUCUGGUUUUAAAUGUACUCAACUAAAUAUUUUUUAAUUAACAGAACUUUAAUGAUAUACUAGUAGAUAUUUAAAGCCUGUUCUGUCUUACACAAUGGUGCUUUUAUCCUGUCAUUUUCUCUCUUCAAAGAAGCAUCUGAACAGUUGCAUUACCUUAUCCAAAGGCAUCCACAUCUAAGUGUUAUUAAAGUUAACAUUUUCAGCAUUUUGAAAGUUUUUUUCACCUAGAAUAUGAUUUUAAUACACUUGUGGCCAACUGACUAUGAAAGUCAAUUAUAUAAUUACAGAAAAGGUAAACAUGAUAAAGCUCUUAAAGUUCCUAUAAAAGCUUUAAACUAUACAAUACAGACUUGGAUCAUGAUUAACAGUGUUAUUGGAUCUUUCUUACACAGUGAUCGACUCAUUUGUACAGUUACUUUGUGAAAUGUUGCUGUGAAUUGAUAUUGUAAUCAAUAAAGUACUUUUUAACCUGA